CAACGGCCCUGUAUGGGAGGUUGCCCGCAGUACAGACGACAGCUGUGCCAACUGGCGACCUGAAACUUGUGUGGUGGUUCGUCGCUGCUGUUUCGACAAACAAACUGCAUCUCUGUAGUCCUGUUGACGUAAAAGCAAAAAACAAACGACAAACGUUGAAACGGGUACAACAAUGUUGUCCGACUACGAGCCAGACUUCUUUUUCGAAGAAGACAAGAUUCCCGAAACGACUUACAGCGGAACUGGUGCAUCCAACUGGGAAGACGACAUGUCGAUAGCCAGUCCUGCAUCAGAUGGAAUUAUUGAUAGCAAUAAUCGGACCAACGAUAAUAACGAUAGCGACAACCUUCCAGAUGUCGUGAAUUCAGACGAGCUUGAAUCGUCCUCUUGCAUGUUACUGGAAGUCGAAGACAUUGAAGAAGAAAUGCGUGGAUUUUUCUGGCCAGAGAACCAUCAGGGAAUGACGAUUACGACAGGUUCGGUGGUCCUUGAAAAAGAUGGCUCCAAUCUGAUUGGAAUCAGCAUAGGAGGAGGUGCACCUUACUGCCCGUGUCUCUACAUUGUGCAGAUCUUUGACAAUACGCCAGCUGCUAAAGAAGGAACUCUUCAAAGUGGAGAUGAAAUAACGGGAGUGGAUAACAUUUCAGUCAAAGGCAAAACAAAAUCCGAAGUAGCAAAGAUGAUCCAAGCAGCCCAGAGCUCAGUCACGAUUCGCUACAACAAGCUUCACGCGGAACCUGCCCAAGGCAAAACUUUGGAUUUGAUAUUGAAGAAAGUCAAGCACCGCCUCGUCGAGAACAUGUCCAGCUCGACGGCCGACGCACUAGGACUCUCAAGGGCCAUCCUUUGCAACGACAGUUUGCUGAAACGCCUAGAAGACUUGAAGCGUUGUGAGGGCAUGUACAGAGGGUUGGUCGAGCACACUAGACGUCUUCUUCGUUCUUAUUACGAUCUGUCCCAAACGUAUAAAGAUUUCGGUAACAUCUUUUCGACAAUCGGCGUCCGUGAGUUACAGCCGCGAGCCAGCGAAGUUUUCACAAAGUUUGGAGAGAUCCAUCGGCAGAUGGAACGUUACGGUGUCCAAAUGAUUAAACAACUCAAGCCGGUACUGGCGGACUUGGGUACUUUUCUUCAUAAGGCUAUUCCCGACACACGGAUGACCAUCGGCCGGUACGCCGACGCAAAGUUUGAAUACCUCUCAUAUUGCUUAAAGGUGAAGGAAAUGGACGACGAGGAACAGAGCUACCAUUCACUGCAAGAGCCUUCCUAUCGUAUCGAAACUGGAAACUACGAGUACCGACUGGUUCUUCGAUGUCGGCAAGAUGCCAGGGCUCGAUUCGCAGCUCUACGGUCUGAUGUUCAGGUGAAAAUCGAGUUACUUGAUAACAAGCACGUCCAAGAUGUUGUACAACAACUUCAAAGGCUCCUGAAUCAUCUGACUACUUUCUACGAUCAAUGUCACCAACUGCUGGAUGGGCAGCGUUUCUUUCCAAUCGAAGUGGAUUUAUCUAAAGGUGCAUUCACUUAUGAAUCUGUCAGCGGUUUGCUUCAGUCCCAGGAUGACGAAGAGCCAGAGGAAUACAAUGUGGCCGAGGAAGCUAAAGAAACAUCCAAUAUAGUUAAUAGCAGUGGUGAAAAUCAACCUCUUAUAUCAAUGGACUGAAACAGGCGAAUGAGCUCUUAUUGGACGUAAUUGCGAUGCAGUGAAGUCCUGUUCUCUGUCCACGGUCAUCCAAGACCAAAGAGAGUCCCGUGGUAUAUGUUUUUUAAACACUCCAAUCAAAUUCGUUAUUACUGUUAAGGCUAAUACUAACAUCGGAUAAGUACAGAGCUACGGAAGCCCGUCCGAUAAAGUUCUAAAUAUAUAUUUAAAAAAGGAA